UGUAGUCGGAUCAGUGUUCAGAGCGGCAGCAGACAGAGAGGAUCAUGUGGCGGAGCAGGUUUCCCUUCCCUUCAUCACUCCUAUCGAUCCAUCCCAGCUAAGGAAUAAUGUCUAACAACACCACGGAGCCUCAGGACUACCCUUGCGUGCGCUUCUAUGUCUCCACCGUCUCCUUCUCGGUCCUCCUCUUCUUCAACCUCAUCAUCAACUGGACCAUACUGCGGGAGCAGCGGCUGCGCAGCCAGGCGCGCUUCGUGCUGGUCUUCCACCUGCUGGUGUCCGCUCUGGUCCAUCUGGGCAUGAGCAGCUUCUUCUAUUACCAGAUCCACCGGAAAGCGCGGCCGAGCCGAUCCGCAUGCCAGGUUUUGAUCACCAUCUUGAUCAGCAGCGCCUCCAACAUCCUGCUGACGCUCACCGCCAUGGCGCUGGACCGCUUCGUGGCGGUCUGCUACCCGCUGCGCUACAGCUCCGCGUCCUGCGCCGUGUACUGGCCCUGGCUGCUGGGGGUGCUCACCUGGCUGCUGGCUCUGGUCAUCCCGCUCAGCCUGCGGCCGCAGCCGGACCCCAAGAACCACGAAGGGUGCGACCGCGGGUAUCUGAAAGGAGGCGAGGUGCACAAGGUGCUGUUCAUCGCAGCAUGCACGGUGCUCAUCCUCUACAGCUACAUGCGGAUCCUGGUGGAGGGACGGCGGCUCGGGAUUUUGAACCGGCGGAACCGGGCCGGCUGCAGGACCAUCGCCCUGCACGGCUCGCAGCUGGCCGUCUACCUCCUGCCCAACUUUGUCAACUUCGUGCUGUCGAUGUUGUUCAGGAAAGAGCUUAUUAAACAAGAGACCAAAGAACUGUCAGCGGUGGUGAUCUUUGCGUUCUUCUCAGUGGCGCAGUGCGUUGCGCCGGUUGUUUACGGUUUGCGCAAAGAGGAACUUUUGGAGCAGCUGAAUCGGCGGUUCCCCUGCUGCUCCCGGUACCUGAAGGCUGUGCUCGGCCGAACUGUUAGGGCCAACUGGCCCCAUACACCACCCGGAGGAAGGGAGAGGACACUAACUGUGCAGACCAUCAUCUCAUCGGAAGUCCCACAAGAAGACCGAGAUGAGGAGAGUGGACCGCUCCCAGGCUCCAGUCUCUCACAUGAGUCAUGUUAAUGCCAAGGAAAUACAGCGAAAAAACGGAUGAGGAUAAGCUCUUAAAGAUGUCGCUUUAAGGAAUGCUUUCAUCAGAACAUUUUAACCAGGAAGUGCAGCUAUUAAAAAACCAACAGAACGCACUGGUUUAUUAUUUCCCUUUCGUCUGGUGCUUCCUCUAAGUUCUCAGAUUGAUGAACUCCUUGGACAUCAUGGUAACUAAUCAGGUUACAGUCCCUCUGAAUUUGACCUCCUGCGUCUUUUGGGACUAUGCUGAUUGCUAUGGAGGAUACAUUUGGGCAUGGAGCCAACUGGGGAUUGUUUCAUUCAUGCUGUUGAGAGUUUAACCAAAAGAUUCUGGUCCAUUUAUAUUCCUUCCACUGAAAUCAGAAGAAGGGACGACAGUUAUGGUCAUCUGAAGACAUUUUAUAUCCCAGGAGAGGAAAUUAUGGUUGUUUGUAAUGAAAACAAGACUAUCUUUGUGUAAAAAGUACUUUAAGUUAUUUGUAUAGACAUAACGAGAUCUAAAACAUUUUUUUAAUUAAGUAUUUCUUUAUUCCCCUGUAUUUUAUACAAUGUUAGAGGAAAAAAUGGCCAAAAAUUAGGAACCAAGUGCAUUUUUAUGAGAGAGGAAAACAUGAUAUAAAUGUAUACAGCCGCAUAUUCACUAUUAGGUUCCUUCGUUUGAGGGGGAAAUUUCCAUUGCAUGUAUUUAAUGAUAAAAGGCUAAUUUAGGCCACUGUUUAUAGUGUUUUUUUUUUCAAUGUCUAGCCUUGGGGGAAAAAAAGGAAGCUAGACUUUAUAACAUCCCUUUUUUAAGUGUGGUGAAAAACAGAUGGUCCUCUUUCUGCUUGUUUAUCUGCAACUUGUUUAUUUAAAACUAGCAUAUCCCCUUUUUAUGAAGUAUUUAAGCAAUAAGCUAAAUUACAUCUCAGAAUGUGAACUUUCUCAACUGUUUUUAAUUGUGAAAGCCAGAAAAAUAAAAUAUAUAUAUAUAUAUAUAUAUAUUUAAAACAUUA